GCAAGGAUGUGAGGGAGGAGAGGAGAGCGAGAGAGUGGGAGAUGCAGAGAUACCGGGAGUGUGAUGGUUUGCACUCUAAUUCAGAGGAAGCAUAACAGAGUUAGUUUGAUGUAGAUUAUUUACAUAAUCUAAGCUGAUGACAAAAAUGAAGACCAGAGGAAGAAACAAAAAUGUCACAUUUAUCCAUGAAGGAUAACUCUUUGCUGGACUUCUUCUAAACGGGGCGCAUGGAGAAAACACUGAAGACUCUUGGCUGCUCAAAGAAAAUCAGGUGCGAUUCCUUUAGUGCUCCUUGAAAUCAACAGGAAUCAUCACCAGUCGACCUGCAGCUGUUGCAGCGAUGGGAGGAGAGGAUACGGUGUGGUGACCGGAGCGGCUCUGGAGCCUCUGUUUACUCCGCAUGGUUACUGUAAUCCAAAGACAUACCAAUGAAGGAUAUACAGAUGAGGUCCUGCUCUGCGAUUUCAAAUUGAUGUCAGAAAUUGCUGCUCUCUGGCUGAAGAAGUGACUUCCAUUACUUCAUGAUAAUGACCUUUUCGUACACUGCUGAAUCGAGCCACAAUGCGUCCACUUACCGGCGAUCACAUGUGUCAUGGUAAUUGGACAUCCAUGUGGCAGCAAAGCCUCCGAUGAUUUAGAGCGCUGCCUGUUGAGAGGAAAACUGGAGACCUGAGCGUGGUUCACAAGUCAAUGUUGGCUGGAGCCAGAAGAACAAAGACUGGUGUGAAGGCUGGAGAGUGAAGGCCUCUUCCAUUAGCGCUCCCUGGGGAGGCAAAGGCCUCGACACCGUCUGGAUGUACUGACCUAUUCCCAGCACACUCUGAACACCACCUUGCUGCAUACUGGGGAACAAACAAUACACUGACAGCUCUUUCCUUUUGGAGUUUAUCCUAACGUUUGGAAGCAGUUUACCACAUUUACACAUCUAAGACACAUAUCUUUAUCUGUGAGCCGGAAUAAAAACAGAAAAGGAACAAAGCACACAUCUGGGUGCUCUGUGAGUUACAUAUUCCAGCACUGUGCUAAAGAAGACUUUUAAAAAAUGUUUUCUUGGUUGGCUUGAAUCGCUUCAAAUUGGGAAUAUAAUAUUUUUAACAGAGGAAUCCUCUGACAUCUUACACUUUUUUCAACUGAUUUGCCAAUGCUUACAUCUUCCUUAAAGCAAACCUUCACUGACUAUAGCUCUUGCUUUUUGGCCGUGGAGCUCAGACAAAAAAGCUGGAAUUUUUGGCGAAACACUCAGGUGCUUUUGUGCACCUCUGGGAUGGAGUGAAAGGAAAAGCCUUGCUGGGGGGGCUCUGCUAGAGCGGAAACAUUUCCACCGGCUAUGUUUGGAUGCGAUGCGUCUCUCUGUGGAUCCAGCAUGGACUGCCUGCUCUGAUUACACAGUCCUGGUGUUCAGAUAGUUCUGGAGCAAAAGGAUAAUGCAUAUUUUUCCCUGCCGACAAAAAGAAGCCACCAUGAGCAACGUCACGGUCACUGACAACACUGAGCCCAUCAGCAGUGCCAUGAGUCCGGCGGCCCCCGACCCGUACCCUUACCCUGUUAGCUUUCAGAUCUCCCUGACAGGCUUCCUGAUGCUGGAAAUACUGCUAGGUCUGAGCUCCAACCUCACAGUGCUUGCACUUUACUGUAUGAAGUCUAAUCUCAUUAGUUCUGUCAGCAACAUCGUCACCAUGAACCUUCAUGUGCUGGACGUACUGAUCUGUGUGUGCUGUAUCCCCUUAACCAUUGUGGUGGUGCUUCUCUCCCUGGAAAGAGACAUGGCCCUCAUCUGCUGCUUCCACGAAGCCUGUGUCUCCUUCGCAAGCGUCGCCACUGCUGCUAACGUGCUCGCUAUCACCCUUGAUCGCUAUGACAUUUCUGUAAAACCGGCCAACAGGGUGCUAACCAUGGGCCGUGCGCUGGCACUGCUGGCUUUGAUUUGGGUGCUGUCCUUUGUUAGUUUUCUUGUUCCCUUUAUUGAAGUGGGCUUCUUCGCUCACGACCACACUGAGUUGAACCAGACAGUGUUGGAGAACGGGGUCCUCAGCAACGAGUACUACACUGAACCUGGCCUCUAUUAUCACUUGCUGGCUCAGAUCCCUAUUUUCUUCUUUACGGCAAUUGUUAUGCUAAUCACCUACUCAAAGAUCCUGCAGGCACUCAAUAUUCGCAUCGGUACACGUUUCCACGCAUCACAGAAGAAAAAGGCUCGCAGGAAAAAGCGUCCGUCCAUGACGGCCAUGUCAACACAACAGGAGGCCACGGAUGCAUCCCAGAGCAGCACCAGCCGCAAUCCCACACUGGGCAUGCGAACCUCCGUCUCCGUCAUCAUUGCCCUGCGGCGGGCUGUGAAGCGCCACAGAGAGAGGCGAGAACGCCAAAAGAGGGUUUUCAGGAUGUCCCUGCUGAUUGUGUCCACCUUCCUGCUGUGCUGGACGCCAAUCACGGUUCUCAACACGGUCAUCCUAAGCAUGGGCCCCAGUAACCUCAUGGUGAGGUUGCGACUCGGCUUCCUGGUGAUGGCUUAUGGGACCACCAUCUUUCACCCCCUGCUCUACGCCUUUACAAGGCAGAAGUUCCAAAAGGUCUUGAAAAGCAAGAUGAAAAAGCGUGUGGUGUCGAUAAUCGAGGCUGAUCCCACACCUAAUAACGCAAUCAUUCACAACUCCUGGAUUGACCCAAAGAGGAACAAAAAGGUGACGUUUGAGGACAAAGAUGCGCAGCUCAAAUGUCUUUCUUCUGAAGAUGUGGAGUAAAGAAGCUCGUUAUAUUAAGGUGAAAUACAGCCAAAGCAGCUAAAAAUGACUUCAAGCCAUCAUGAAAAAGGGAAAAUGGUAUUCCAAAGCAGUAAUGUAAAAUACGAUGUGCAAUAUGAUGUACAAAUGUAGAAGGUGGAUAAUUUAUUACUAUUUAUUGAGAGUUGAAAUAAGUUUCAUAGAUGUAUUAUUGUACUGUAGAUAUUGCAUGGCCUUUUGUAACAGCAGCAACAACACAUUAUGUACAUACAGUUACAUGUACAGAAUAGAUUAAACGAGAUAUUUAAAUAGAGAGAGAAGUCGGAAUUGUUAUGUAAACGUAUAUUUAUAAUAAAUUUUGUGUUCACAUCCAAUGCA